AAUUGAAGCUAUCAUAGCAUAUCUACACAAUAUAAAUUCACCGUUCGUUCGUCGUUAUUUCACAGGUAGGAAGAGGGUAAAGUAGCGCGCGUUCGAAACUUGCGAUCAAAAAAAAUCACUUAGACGCUUUUGGAGUAACUAAUUAGACGUUUCAUUGAAGGAGGCUCAAAAUGCCAUUCAAACCUCCAGAGCAGGCUAAAUGCCCGUUAUGCGGAAAGUCGGUAUACGCCGCAGAAGAAAGACUUGCCGGUGGGAAGAAAUGGCACAAAUUCUGUUUUAAAUGUGGUCUUUGCAGCAAAAUGUUGGACAGCACGACCUGUGCAGAACACGAGGGUAUGAUUUACUGUAAGGGCUGUCACGGAAAGAAGUUCGGACCCAAGGGGUACGGGUUUGGUCAAGGUGCUGGGGCCCUCAGCAUGGAGACCGGAGAGCAAUUUGGAAAUACUAGCAGCGGCAUGUCUAACCGGCCAAAUGAGGGUCAUGUUGGGGGAUCAUGUGGAGGACCUAACGCAUGUGGGCGAUGUGGUCGAACAGUUUACGAAAUGGAGAAAGCUAAUGGAAUGUCAGACCCUUGGCAUAAAUCAUGCUGUAGCUGUAAGGUGUGCAAUAAGAAGUUAGACCCUAGUGCACUAAACCGGCACGAGAAAGAAAUAUACUGUAAAGGAUGUUACGCAAAGAAUUUCGGCACUUCCGGUUACGGUUUUGGAAUGGGCGCUGGGUGUUUGUCAACCGGAACUUAGAAAGUUCAAUACAAGAUUGCCGUCUGCAGAUAUGUUGUGAAUUUGCUUUCGUAUGAGCACGUGCAAAUAGUGCUGUAUGAAUAUCAAACAAAUAAUGAAUUAUAUCCUAACUUAUUGAUAAGAGCGUGGCAAGAUAUCGAACAGUCUUGUUUUCAGUUAGUGCUUAAAAUCAGUAUAUAUUGUGAGCUUUUUAUGUCUUUGUAUAUUUGCGAUUAAUGGACUUUAAAUAUAAUGUGUAGAACGUUUUAUUAGCGUUGUAUGACUUUGAAUUGCCUUUUGCGAAAAUAGAAAUUUUACUUCGUGUUGUAGCGAAGGUUACACUUUUAUAAAUAUCUUAUGAUUUGAAUGGUUCAUGCUUAAAACAUAGAAAUAUAUGCUUCAUCUGAGUCAUCUAAACGCUUAUAAGUGCAUAUACAGACUUGCAAAACACGAAAAGUGUAAAAACAAUACGGAAAGGGUAAUUAAAAAUUUUCAUUGAUUAAAAAGACCCAGACGAAUUAUUACACUAUUUUCUAUUAAAUAUAAAGUAUGCACAUUAUUUACUUAAACUUAUAUUAAGUUUUAUAAACAUUGCUGAAAUAAAUAAUGUCAUUUGCUUAAAUUAUAUCUUACAUUUUAUCAUUAAGAAUUUAAAAAUGCACGAAUUUUACGCGGUUGUCAUUCAUUAAAUAGAGCUUUUGUCUAGUUAUGUAUACAUUUAUUUAUAGUAACUGUUGCAUUUUGUAAAUAAAUUGCUGAAUAAAUUUGCUUUCACUAUU